AUGCAGGACGGCUGGAUUAUAUAUCCCCGGGUGGCCAGGUGGCCACUCGCCAAACUUGUGUACCCGCAGCUCCGUUUGAGGUCUGCUCACCUGGUUCUGCCACAGAGCCAGGGUGACUGGGCAAGAGACACCUUCGACCUGGCCGACAAUCCUCCCUACCGACCCUCCAUCGCCUCCGACCACCCCGACUCUCCUCUUCCCCUCGAUUCCUCCUCACCGGCUAGUAAUCCCGGUGCAUCUCCACCACGGUCAGAGUUACCGCCUACAGCUCCCCAGCUCCCCUCUCGCCGCCCAACCAACAACCCUCGCCGCCGCCCUCGUCCCUCGGACACACCGAGUCCCUCGACUGCGGGGACCGCAUCUGAACCCGGGAACCAGCCCGAUUCCCGUCAUACCGGCCGAGCCGCCGGCCGUUCUCCCUCCCCCAAGCGCAGGCGCCUGGUAACCAUGCGUGCCGAUGGACUGUCCACAGCGAACGGCUUCUCGUCUAAUGGGACAGUCUCAACGCCCUCGCGGAAAGCCGGUCUCAACGGACAAUCAGCCGUCACCAACGGCAGUUCCCAUACGAAUGGUGCCGGCAAGUCGUUGGCGAGCCCAACCUACUUCGGCCAUAACCGAGAGGAAGUGACGCGGAUAUUGAUUCAGAGCUUGUACGAGCUAGGCUACAAUGGGGCAGCAUCACUGCUGAGCUCGGAGAGCGGCUAUGAGUUGGAGACCGAGAGCGUGGCAACAUUUCGGAACGCGGUGCUGGGAGGUCGGUGGUCGGAAGCUGAGAGAAUUCUCAUCUUAUCAUUCCGUUCGGAUGCGACAUCACAACGCAGUGGCCAGAAGUCCCCGUCUGAGGAGACCUUGGUACUGGCCGAGGGUGCCGACAGGAACGAGAUGCUCUUUCUCCUGCGCCAGCAGAAGUUCCUCGAAUUACUAGAGGCCCACGACCUGGGUGCUGCGCUUACGGUCCUUCGGCAAGAACUAACUCCAUUAAAUCAUGACAUCGAGCGACUGCAUGCUCUCUCCAGUCUCCUCAUGUGCCCGCCGGAGCUCUUACACGACCAAGCAGUGUGGGAUGGUCCAGUCAGCUCGUCUCGAGAGCGCCUUCUGGGUGAAUUAUCAAAAUCGAUUUCCCCGUCUGUGAUGAUUCCCCAACACCGGCUUGCCAUCCUAUUAGACACCGUGAAGCGAAACCAAAUCAACAACUGUUUAUAUCAUAAUACCGCCGAAGCCCCCUCGCUCUACUCCGAUCACAUGUGCGAUCGCAACGACUUCCCGUUGGACAUCAGCGUCAACCUGAGCCAACAUUCGGAUGAAGUCUGGUACUGCGAGUUUUCACACGAUGGCACCAAACUGGUCACUGCGGGCAAAGACCGAAGCGUGCUCAUCUACGAUACGUCUAGCUUCGCCGUGCUUCACAGGCUCGCCGACCAUGGAGACGGAGUUGCAUAUGUGAGCUGGAGUCCGGACGACUCGAAAGUGAUAUCGUGUUCACAAGACAAGAAAGCGCGUGUGUGGAGUGUGGAGACUGGUCGGUGUCUGCUGACCAUCAAUCAACACCGCCAUCCGGUCACCGCGGCCGCAUGGGCCGCAGACGGGGAAUCAUUUGUCACGGCUUCUCUGGAUGCGAGCUGCCAACUAGGUCAUUGGAGUGUGCGGGGGCAGCCGUUGUACAUGUGGCAUGGCGGGUUCCGUGUCCAAGAUUGCGCUAUCAGCCCCGACGGCCGACGUCUUGUAGCGGCAGACACAGAAGCCAAGAUCCAUGUGUACAAUUUCCUCACUCACGAGGAAGAGUACUGCCUUCCGCUUCCAAGUAAACCGACCUCGGUUGUCAUCAGUCGAGACUCGAGACACGUUCUGGUGAACUUGCAGGAAGGAGAGAUCCAGCUGGUGGACAUGGAGACUACAGCCGUGGUCCGACGCUUCCGAGGCCAGAAACAGGGCGAGUUUGUGAUUCGGAGUACAUUUGGUGGAGCUGCUGAGAAUUUCGUUAUCAGUGGCAGCGAAGACUCGCGCGUCUACAUUUGGCACAAGGAGAACGGGACACUGGUCGAAACAUUGGACGGGCAUGUCGCGGGAUGCGUCAACUCAAUAUCUUGGAACCCGGCAGACCCAGGCAUGUUCGCGUCGGCGGGCGAUGACUGCAUCGUGAGAAUCUGGUCUCGAGACCACGACCGAACUCGCACAAGCACAGGUCCCACGCCACGCCGAGGAAUUGCACCAUCAAAUGGAUUUACGCAGACGAGCGCAUUGCGAACCACAUCCUCAGCCUUUUGA